AUGCGUUGGUAUUGUUGGUUCAUAUUUUUUGCUAUUGCAAGUCUUUCAAUAUCGGGAUUUCCCGCAAAUGAAAAUGCUGAUGAAAACAAUUUAUUAGCUAUUGAAACUGAAAAUGACAAACAAGAAGAUAUUGCUAUUGAAAAAGGACUUUUAAAUGAAGAAGAAGAAGAUGAUGAUGAUGACGAUGAAUUAAUUGAUGAAGAUGAUAUUUGGUCAAUCACUGAUCGUCACCUUCGACAACAAAAAGGAAAAGGUAAACAAGAAAAAGGAAAAGGAAAAGAUAAGCACGAUUCAUCAUCAUCAGAAGAAAAUGACAAACAUAAUGGUAAACAUGGAAAAAAAGGAAAGAAAACAAGAUGUAUUUGUUUUGGAAAAAAAAAUCGUCAUCAUUCAAAAAAACGUCCUCAUCAGCCAAUGAAACAUCAUUCUGGUCCAUCAAAGGAUCAUGAUAAUAAACGACCAUCAUCUCCAUCACAACAUGGUGGUCCACAACAACAUGGUAGUUCAUCACAACGUCCACAAGGUCAAGGAAACAAAGAUCAAAACGGAUGUAAGACAGUCAUUUGCAAUUUUGUAUCAUCAGUUAAAAAUGUCUUAUCCACUUUUACAGCUAAUGGAAAUAAACAUCCAUAA